AUGUCAGAAUCUCUGGCCGAUUUGUUCUCUGCGUCUUCGCCUCCUCCUGAACAUCGGCCGAGGACGCCUUCACCGCCCCCUCAAACGGAUCUCCCGUUGUUUUUCAGCCCUGGCGAGACACCCGAUAGGCCCCGACAUGUCAACGAAGCGAGCGAAGCGGGUUCAUCUCGAAUCCCGAGCGUGCAGGAUCCAGACGUGCGUGUUGAGGGAUCGAAUGCUGCGAUAGACGACUUUGAUUGGGGGCCUGUGCCCGGCGUUUCAGAGACAGAUAUCCAGCUGGUCGAUCCGUUAGCAGUGGACGCACUACCGCUGAAGAAGAAACGAGUGAUAGCAAAGGUUGAUGAGGAGAGAUUGAUGGGACCGAACGGAUUCCCAGCUUUGAUGAAAGCUGCCAAACGGUUCAAAGUCCGGGGCAAAGGUCGAGAGGCGGAAGACUUGCGCGAAUUGCUAUCGGUAUAUCAGAUGUGGGCCCAUGGGAUGUUUCCCAAGGGAGAUUUCCACGGUACGAUCGCUCGCGUUGAGGUCGUUUGCCGAAAGCGCAGGAUGGAGAUGGCGAUGAAAGGUUAUCGCGAAGCCUUUUACCCCGCUCUGCUAGAGUCACCAGGAUCGAGUCCGGGCCCGACUGACAACGAUCCGGAGCAGCACUCAUCCCCAGCUGUCCGCGCUAUGGGCGGCGUUUCUCAAGCAGAUGAAGAUGGACCUGAUAUGGAUGAAUUGUUGGCUAUGGAGGAGAUGGAGAGGGAACAGAUCGAGCCUCUUGGUCCGCCAGAAGAUGAUGAUUGGGACUAG